AUGAUCAAACAGAUUUAUUUCCAAUCUGGACAAGCUGUUCAACAAGGUCAAAUACUGAUUCAACUCAAUACCGAUGUUGAACAAGCUCAAUUAGGUCGCUUGCAAGCCAAAUUGAAACAAGCCGAAAUGGCCUAUCACCGCACCAAACUUCUGAUUGAUAGUCAUGCAAUUUCACGGGCAGAAAUGGAUACCGCAUUGGCUGAUCGAGAUAUGACGCGUGCAGAAAUCCAACAGCUACAAGCCAGCAUAAAACAGAAAACGAUUCGCGCACCCUUUUCUGGUGUCAUGGGAAUACGCCAAGUACAUCAAGGGCAAUAUUUAGAGGCAGGCACUGGUAUUGCUAAUCUGGUCGACUUUCGACAAAUUCUUGCCAAUUUCACAUUGGAUGAACAAUUGGCAUCGAGGUUAAAAAUCGGACAAUCUGUACAACUCAAAAUUGAUGCAUUUCCUGAAAAGUCCUUUACAGCUGUGUUAAAACCGGGCAUGUAUGCCAAAUUAGACAUCCAAGAAUCUGAACGCCCAAGCUUGGUCGUUCCUGAAACUGCAAUUACCUAUACGGCUUAUGGCAAUACUGUCUUCCUUGCAAAACAAGACCAUAACAAGCUGAUUGUGCAACGUGUGGCGGUAGUGCUCGUAUCUUCGGUAGAGGGCAUCGACUAUCUCAGUUCUUCUACUGUACAAGGUCGCAGUGCUGUAACGUUACGCAUGCAAUUAAAUCGUGACUCGACCCAAGCAUUAACAGAGGUGAUGGCAAAGGUUAAUCAAGUCCGUUACAAACUACCAGAACAGGCAUUUGAUCCAGUCAUUGAACGUUCUUCAGGUGAAUCUACCGAUGUUGCCUAUAUCGGAUUUUCCAGCGAACAAUUGUCCUUGGCUGAAUUAACCGAUUAUUUGUCUAGGGUGGUAGAGCCCAUGCUGUCUACAAUUGAUGGCGUUGCUAAGGUACAGACCUAUGGCAGUCAGCGUUUGGCUAUGCGGAUUUGGUUGGAUACCGAUCGUUUGGCCAGUCGUGGGGUAACUGCCGCCGAUGUCGCCAAUGCGAUCCGUCAAAAUAACUAUCAAGCCGCACCGGGUCAGGUCAAAGGCGAAUUGGUGGUUUCAAAUGUCAAUGUUUCCACAGAUCUCACCAGUAUUCAGGACUUUAAAAAUCUGGUGAUACGCAAUGAUGCUCAAAAUCUAAUUCGUCUACAAGAUGUGGCAACAGUUGAACUUGGCGCUGCUUCGACAGAAACAAGUGCCUCUAUGGAUGGUUCUUUACGUAGUGUCUUGAUCCCUGUAGUGACAAUUCCACUGUCAAUGUUAGGUGCCUUGGGUUUAAUGCUGUUAUGUGGCUUUAGCAUCAAUUUACUCACGCUUUUAGCCAUGGUACUCGCCAUCGGCUUGGUUGUAGAUGAUGCAAUCGUGGUGGUUGAAAAUGUCCAUCGGCAUAUUGAAGAAGGUGCAUCCCCUGUUGCAGCAGCUUUGAUCGGGGCACGAGAAGUCGCAGGCCCUGUAAUUGCAAUGACCAUUACACUGGCCGCAGUCCUUCCAUUGCUUUACCAACUCCCUCAAAAAGAAUUGGCGCCCAAUGAAGAUCAAGCCAGUGUAUUGGCAGCCAUCAAAGCACCACAACAUGCCAAUCUGAAUUAUGCUGAGCACUUUAAUCAAAAACUCGAUGAAAUCUUCUGGACUUUCCCCGAAACCAGUACCACGUGGAUUAUUAAUGGUACAGAUGGGCCUGCAUCAAGUUUUGGUGGAACAACCCUUUCGACAUGGUCUGAGCGAGUGCAUUCUGCGGAUGAAAUUCAACAGCAACUUCAAGCCAAAGUCGGUGAUGUAGAAGGCAGCAGUAUUUUUGUAUUCCAAAAUCCUGCGCUUCCCGGUUCAACAGGUGGAUUACCCUUACAAAUGGUGUUGCGUAGUGCACAAGACUAUUCAACCAUUUAUCAGGCGAUGCAGAACAUCAAGCAAAAAGCCCGUGAAAGUGGCCUUUUUGUGGUGGUCGACAGUGAUCUUGACUUUAAUAACCCCGUGAUUCGAAUCGAGGUUGAUCGGGCCAAAGCCAAUAGUCUGGGUAUUCGUAUGCAAGAUAUCGGUGAAGCCUUGGCGACAUUGGUUGGUGAGAAUUAUAUCAAUCGUUUUAGUAUGCAAGGUCGUGCCUAUGAUGUGAUUCCUCAAAGCAUCAAUACACAACGUUUGACAGCUCAAGCACUGACACGACAGUUUAUUCGUACGGACCAAGGCACACUGAUUCCCUUAUCGACUGUGGCAAUCCCCGCCGCUGGGGUUUCCUUAGGUCAAGCUUUAAGUUUUCUGGAACAGGCUGCAUCUGAGUUACCGACUGGAUUUAGUUAUGACUGGCAAGCCGAUGCACGUCAGUAUGUACAGGAAGUCAAUAUCUACACUCAGAUUGGUUUAGUCACACUGAUUGGACUGAUUAGUUUAGAUCGGCGAGCGGCCAUUUUAAAAGCUGCUCAAAUUCGUUUACGUCCAAUUCUGAUGACCACAGCGGCAAUGGUGUUUGGGCUGAUUCCUCUCCUUUUUGCCACAGGCGCUGGUGCACAUAGUCGUUUUGGCUUAGGGCUUGUGAUUGUCUGCGUCUGUUGGCUCGUCAACACAAUCAAGACCUUCACUCUAGCCGUUUACAAGAGCUACAACAGAUUGACCAACAGGCGCAAAAAUCAUGACGUUGAGUGGGCUGAACAACCAGCAUGCUGCUGUCUAAGCUUCUGUGUAUGA